AUGGGGGAGGAACAGAAGAAACUAGAGGAAAAGAAUCCGGAGGAAAAGAAACCAGAGGAAGGGAAAAAACCAGGGGAAGAGAAAAGAGAAGACCCAAAAUCCGAAAAACCAAGCGACGGAAAGGGAGAAGAGAAAAAAGGAGAGGAACCCAAGGAUGGAAAAGAUUCCAAAGACCCACCACCUCCUCCUCCUCCUCCUCCUCAAGAGAUUGUUCUCAGAGUCUUCAUGCAUUGCGAAGGUUGCGCCAGAAAAGUCCGUCGAUGCCUCAAAGGGUUCGAAGGAGUUGAGGAUGUUGAGACGGAUUGCAAGACGCAUAAGGUCGUUGUGAAGGGAGAAAAGGCAGAUCCAUUGAAGGUACUUGAGAGAGUACAGAAAAAGAGUCACCGACAGGUUGAGCUUCUCACUCCGAUCCCGAAACCGCCGGCCGACGAACCCAAAAAAGUUGAAGAGAAAGAAAUUGCCAAACCCGAACAAAAAACAGAGGAGCCUCAGGUGAUUACAGCGGUUUUGAAAGUCCACAUGCAUUGUGAGGCUUGUUCGCAAGUAAUCAAGAAACGUAUAGAAAGAAUGAAAGGUGUUGAGAGUGCAGAGCCAGAUCUAAAGAGCUCACAAGUGACAGUGAAAGGGGCGUUGGAGCCACAAAAUCUGGUGGAAUACAUACACAAGAGAACAGGGAAGCAGGCAGUGAUUGUGAAGGUAGACCCAGAGAAGAAAGAGGAAGAAGAUAAAGCCAAAGAAGAGAAAAAAGGAGAAGAAAAGGAUGACAAGAAAGUUGAAGAAGAGAGCAAAGAGAAGAAGAAGGAAGCCAUUGAAGAAGCUGCAAAAGCAGCAGCAGCAGCAGCAGCAGCAGCGGCAGAGGGAGAAGAACAGAGCCCAUAA